AUGGGUAACAACGCCUCGUCCAUCCCUAAUAACAUCAGAAGAAAAUCUUCUGUGUCAAGAGGACAUCAAAGAACUUCAUCAAGUGAAGGACAUGGUGGUAAUAAAUCUAGUCAUCAACAUUCAGAAUAUCUAAGUCCAAGACAAAGUCAUCAAUUGCCUAUAAAUACGGAUAAGGGUUAUCCACCUCCUUAUAAACCAAAAGCUAUAGUAUCUCCUAAUGUUUUCAUUGAUCAUUUAGCAGAUAAUGACUAUUUUGGAAAGAUUGAUGCUGGUGGUGGUGCCACUGGAGUUGGUGAUUUUGGAAGUGAUGUUGAAAGGAAAGGAAGUAUUGGUGGUGGUGAGAUAAGUGAAGUUUUAACUUCAGGGUCUUAUGAUGAUGAUUAUGAUAUUGAUGAGGAUUUGAUUAAUAAAGAUGGUGUUGGUGUUUCAAAAGAACAAAGAGAAAGUAAUGAAUAUAAAAAUGUUUUGAUAAAAUAUGUGAAUUAUGAGGAUACAACAGGGUCAAGUGAUCAUGGAAUUGGUUCAACACAGGUUUAUUUGAUAACUUCUUUUAAUAAUUGGUCUAAAAAACUGAAAUUGGAGAGAGAUUUUGAUGGUGUUUAUAAAAUCAUGAUUACUUUACCAUUGGGGAUCUAUAAAGUUAAAUUUUUGGUUAAUAAUGAGAUCAAAUACAGUGAAGAUUUACCAAUAGCUACUGAUAAAUCUGGUAAUGUUGUUAAUUGGUUUGAAGUUGAUGACAUAGAAGGAAGUGAAGAAGUUUUUGAAGCUGGUGUUAUUGAACAGCACAAGAUUAGUAACAAUAAGAGAAAAUCUUCAACUUCAUUCCUACACACCCAACAACAACAGGAUCCUAAGUCAACAUCACAAUUCUCAUUAGAUCAACCAAACUUGAAGAAUAAUGAAACUUAUUCACAAGAGAUUCCUGAAAUUUUCCAUCAAUCUGAUGAAAUAUUACCAGUUGAUGAAGAAUUCUUACACAAAAAUCCAAUUCCUGAAUUACCAGUGUAUCUUAAUAACAACAUUUUGAACAAACAUUUCAAUACUCAUCAUUAUAAUCAAAGUUCAGAUACAGCUCAAUUACAAAAUAAUCAGAAAAGAAAGAUUUCAUCAUCUGGAUUAAACUCACAUAUCAUUCCCCACGUUAAUUUGAAUCAUUUACUCACGUCAAAUAUCAAAAAUAACGUGUUGAGCGUUGCUUGUACAACUCGCUAUUCAGGGAAGUUCAUCACACAAAUCAUGUAUUCACCUUCGGAAUAA